CGAGAGAAAGCAUUAACCCGGCAGGAACAACAGCAACCCGAGGAUAAAAGGAAAAGGGAAGGGGGAGAGGGAGGAAAGAAAGAAAGGAGAGGCACCACGACACAAAGAACGGCUGGCGACCAGCAGUAGGACGUCCGCCAGUAGCCGUCGACGCUGGCAACAGUGCGAAUUGCUGCUCUUGGCGCUGCUCGCCUCGCGACUUUUCCCCAACUGAUUUCGUCCUGGUUUCCUUGCAAAGGCCACUGGGAGUGUUGUAGUAGUAGGAGGAGUGGAAGCAAGCCUGCUAUAUCCGUCCGUUUGGCUGUUUCUUCCACUCGCAUUCGCGAUAAGGCAGAGAAGAAGAGGGUGCACGAGGAUCAUCCCGUCGGCGGCGUGCGGUGGUCACCUCCAUAAGCGAGGUGAAAUCGUGCCGUGUGAGGAACACAGAGGCCGGCGUGUUUCUUUCGCAUUUUUUUUUCUCUAUUUCCUUCUCGGCCUCGGUGCGAGUUGUCAACAAGGGGGGAAGAAGAAAUGGCAGAGGUGAAGCCGGAGGAGAUCAGCCAUCCGGCCAUGGAGCAGCUCCAGGGGUUCGAGUACUGCAUAGAUUCCAACCCUCCAUGGGGGGAGGCGAUCAUACUGGGCUUCCAGCACUACAUCCUGGCGCUGGGCACGGCGGUGAUGAUCCCGGCGGUGUUGGUGCCAAUGAUGGGUGGUACAGAUGGAGACAGAGUGAGGGUGGUGCAGACGCUGUUGUUCGUGACCGGCAUAAACACGCUGCUGCAGUCGCUGUUCGGGACGCGACUGCCGACGGUGAUCGGCGGCUCCUACGCUUUCGUGGUCCCGAUCAUGGCCAUAGUACAGGACUCGUCGCUCGCAGGGAUACCUGACGACCAUGAGAGGUUCCUCCAAAGCAUGAGGGCCAUACAGGGGGCACUGAUAGUGUCCUCCAGUAUUCAGAUCAUUCUGGGUUACAGCCAGCUGUGGGGUAUUUUCUCCAGAUUCUUCAGUCCACUGGGGAUGGCGCCGGUGGUCGCGCUGCUCGGUUUUGGCCUUUUUGAAAGAGGAUUCCCUGUGGUUGGGAGAUGCGUUGAGGUUGGCCUGCCAAUGUUGAUCCUAUUUGUUGUGCUUUCCCAGUAUCUGAAGAAUAUACAGAUAAGAGAUAUUCCCAUACUGGAAAGAUUCUCCUUGUUCAUUUGUAUCGCAUUGGUUUGGGCCUAUGCUCAAAUCCUCACUUCUGGUGGCGCGUAUAAACAUAGCAGUGAGGUCACUCAGAACAACUGCCGCACUGACCGUGCCAAUCUGAUCUCUUCCGCCCCAUGGAUUAAGAUCCCAUAUCCACUGCAAUGGGGGGCACCAACAUUCAGUGCUGGCCAAUCGUUUGGUAUGGUGUCUGCAGUUUUGAUCUCGCUGAUAGAGUCCACAGCUUCUUACAGUGCUGCAGCACGGCUUGCAAGUGCGACUCCACCUCCAGCCCAUAUCCUGAGCAGAGGCAUCGGGUGGCAGGGAAUCGGCAUCCUCCUCAGUGGCCUAUUUGGAACGGGGACUGGCUCCACUGUCUCAGUGGAGAAUGUGGGGCUAUUAGGAUCAACAAGGAUCGGGAGCCGGCGCGUUAUACAAAUCUCUGCUGGUUUCAUGAUCUUUUUCUCCAUGCUGGGAAAAUUCGGGGCGCUGUUCGCUUCCAUUCCAUUCACCAUCUUCGCUGCCGUGUACUGCGUCUUGUUCGGGCUAGUUGCUGCAGUGGGGCUCUCCUUCUUGCAGUUCACCAACAUGAACUCCAUGCGCAACCUCUUUAUCGUGGGCGUCUCCAUCUUCCUUGGCUUAUCUGUGCCGGAGUACUUCUUCCGCUACAGCAUGGCUGCUCAACGUGGUCCUGCGCACACAAAAGCUGGAUGGUUCAACGACUACAUCAACGCGAUCUUCUCGUCGCCGCCGACGGUGGGGCUGAUCGUGGCCGUGUUCCUGGACAACACGCUGGAGGUGAAGGACGCGGGGAAGGACCGGGGGAUGCCGUGGUGGGUGCAGUUCCGGUCGUUCAAGGGGGACACCAGGAACGAGGAGUUCUACAGCCUGCCCUUCAACCUCAACCGCUUCUUCCCUCCCUCCUAAACAAACCGUCAAGUCAAAGUGGGGAGGGGAUUGAUGAGGGAAAAAGAAAAAGAAAAAGAGAGUUUGUCUGAUGAUGAAUGAUGUGAUCGUCUGCCGCGUGUUUGUCUGAAACAACUCAGAAUGUUGAGCAGAGGCAAAAUAGAGAGGGUUAGAUGUUUUAGCUGUUCGUUGAUUCCAUUCGUUAUUUAUUUUUGUAUGUCUAUGCUCGUAGAUUGUGAUAAUAUAGUUGGUGUUUUUUUUUA